GCUCUGAGAUAUUUUCUCUUUAUUUAUUGAGAAAUAAAGUUCUAUCAUUUUAUGUCCUUAUAAAAUUUUGAAAUUAAAAAAGCUUUUCUAAAACAUCAAAGCUAUUCUGAUCAAUCAUAGCACAGGCAAGAUGGAGUAAGAACUUUCUGUUUCCUCUGUAGAUAAGGUCACGAAUGUUUUAUCAUAUGAAAAGUCACGCUGUCAAGAGAGUGCCAGUAUUUUAGACCAGUGCAUCACAUAAACUCCUUAGUAACAGCCUACACACAACAAACUAAUCUCUAAUAAUCAAAGGCCCAAGUGAGCAACGGAAGUCCAGGAAAACUUCAUGGAAGGAUUAGCUUUCAGUUGUCAGGAGAUCAGAUGCUGGCAGCAGGGUUACAUCAAUCGGUCAGUCCAAGUUGGCAGUUAUACAUGGCCACCACCUGAUUGGCCCAGUCUCUGUUCUGAUUGGUUAGAACCUGCCCUAGCAGUUGGUCAAUGUUUUGCAUAUUUGCCGUGUCAGUUAGAACAAACAAUAUCGCAAAAGUACCAGAAGGAAGAGUCUUGGCUCAUAUAUCAAAAGCUGCAUAAUCUGUGAACUGACGCCAGAUCCGGAAGGCUACCAGAAACAGGGACUGGGCAGGCCAAAGGCAUUGCACUGAGCUGCUAGCAUGGCGCAAUACAAAGGUACCAUGCGGGAGGCUGGCCGGGCCAUGCAUCUGAUCAAGAAGCGCGAGAAGCAGAAGGAGCAGAUGGAGGUGCUGAAGCAACGCAUUGCAGAGGAGACCAUCAUGAAGUCAAAAGUGGACAAGAAGUUCUCGGCACACUACGACGCUGUGGAAGCCGAGCUGAAGUCCAGCACGGUGGGCCUGGUGACCCUGAAUGACAUGAAGGCCAAGCAGGAGGCCCUGCUGAGGGAGCGGGAGAUACAGCUGGCCAAGAGGGAGCAACUGGAGCAGCGUCGGCUACAGCUAGAGAUCCUGCGUGAGAAGGAGCGAAGGCGCGAACGCAAGCGCAAGAUCUCCAACCUGUCUUUCACGCUGGAUGAGGAAGAAGACGGUGACCAAGAGGAUGGCCGCCAGGCCGAAGGUGCUGAGGUCCACAGUGGUGGGGCCAAGAAGAACUUGGGCAAGAACCCCGAUGUGGACACGAGCUUCCUGCCCGAUCGCGAACGCGAGGAGGAGGAGAACCGGCUGCGGGAGGAACUGCGGCAGGAGUGGGAGGCGAAGCGCGAGAAGGUGAAGGGCGAGGAGGUGGAGAUCACCUUCAGCUACUGGGAUGGCUCUGGCCACCGGCGCACAGUACGCAUGCGCAAGGGCAGCACUGUGCAGCAGUUCCUGAAGCGGGCGCUGCAGGGGCUGCGCAGGGACUUCCGGGAGCUGCGGGCGGCGGGCGUGGAGCAGCUCAUGUACGUCAAGGAGGAUCUCAUCCUGCCGCACUACCACACCUUUUACGACUUCAUCGUGGCCAAAGCGCGGGGCAAGAGUGGGCCGCUCUUCAGCUUCGACGUGCACGAUGAUGUGCGGCUGCUGAGCGAUGCCACGAUGGAGAAAGACGAGUCACACGCGGGAAAGGUGGUGCUGCGCAGCUGGUAUGAGAAGAACAAGCACAUCUUCCCCGCCAGCCGCUGGGAGCCCUACGACCCCGAGAAGAAGUGGGACAAGUACACCAUCCGGUGAUGCUGAGUCCCAGUUUGGUGACCUUACUCUCUUAUACAGAAAGUCAAUAAAUACAGAGGGUCUCCCUGAA